GUCUCUGGGCGGAGGAUUAUUGAGGUCAUCUGCACCUUCUGACUGGAAAAAAGAUGGUCAAYGUCUUGAAAGGAGUGCUUAUAGAAUGCGAUCCUGCCAUGAAGCAGUUUCUACUGUACUUGGAUGAGUCCAAUGCCCUGGGGAAGAAGUUCAUCAUUCAAGAUAUCGAUGACACUCAUGUCUUCGUAAUAGCAGAGUUGGUUAAUGUCCUCCAGGAGCGAGUAGGUGAAUUAAUGGACCAAAAUGCUUUUUCUCUUACCCAGAAAUAAAAUAUCAGAUAUKGACUGCUUAGGAAUUGUAAGCAACAAAUAGGAAAGACUGUCCCCAUUCGGUGGCUUAUGURGCUGAGGAGCAUGCUGUGGGAAAGACUAUAAUCAU